UCAUCAACUCAAGCCUUAACAUGGAGCUGAGGACCUUGAGAUAUUUCCCAGAAGGAGAACAGAAUUGCUACACCUUGAAGCCUGAGCAAGGCAGAUCAAACAACUAUCUCAUCAGAGCUGUGUUCAUGUAUGGAAACUAUGAUGGCAAAAAUCAAACUCCAGUGUUCCAAUUGUAUCUUGGGGUUAAUUCAUGGAUAACGGUGAAAGACUCAUAUGUUGUACAUGAGAUCAUAUAUGCUCCCUUGACAGAUGCCAUACAAGUGUGCCUUGUGAACAAAAACAAUGGAACACCAUAUAUUUCUGCACUGGAAGUUAGGCAAUUGGACAACUCCCUCUACCAAUCAGGUAAUGGAGCACUGGCCUUGACUUCGCGAAUCAACCUUGGUGGCUCGAAUAAGAUAAUCAGGUACCCCGACGAUAUAUAUGAUCGCAAAUGGAAUCAUGACCAGAAAAAUGAAUGGAUCCCAGUGACAUUGGCACCCAACUUGACAAUUGAGACCAGCAACAAUGGCUACAAAGUACCAGACAAAGUGUUAGGAACUGCUGUCAAGUGUGUCAGUGGCCCCAUAUACGUCUCAUGGCAAUCCAAGUUCACAAUUUCAAAAUUUUAUGUUUACUUUCAUUUUGCUGAAAUAGAAAAGCUUGAGGGUGGGAAACAAAGAACACUCAAUAUCCGUUUCAAUGAUUUUUAUAACUUGGAAACUCUUACUCUGGACUAUCUAAAGACACAAACUGUUGCCAGUUUUGCUCUUACUGGGGAGACAACAUAUAACUUCUCUAUUUCUAGUGUGGACAGUGGCCUUCCUCCAAUCCUUAACGCCUAUGAAAUUUACCAGCACAAAGACUUUUAUCGCUUGCCAACAAUCGAGAAAGACGUGGAUGCUAUCAUAAACAUUAUAAACACAUACGGCAUAAUUGGAGAGUGGCAGGGCGAUCCAUGUUUUCCUUCUUCAUGGAACAUUUUGAAUUGCAGCUCCAUCAGUCCUCCAAAUAUCAUUUCUUUGGAUCUAUCACACAAUCAAUUGACAGGUCCAAUUCCAGAAUUUCUAGCUCAACUGCCAUACUUGAGAGUCCUCAAUUUAAUGGGGAACCAGCUUGAAGAAGCAGUUCCCAAGGCUCUUAUGGAAAAGCGCAAUAGCGGAGGAUUAACAUUAAAUUUGGAUGGAAAUCCAGAUCUUUGUUUGGCGGGUUCAUGCAAAGGAAAAAACAGGAAGGUUGUUGCCAUUGUUGCACCAACUGUAUCUGUUGUGGUCUUCAUAAUACUAUGUGCUCUAGCAAUCUAUUGGAUCUGUGAAAAGAAAAGAAAAGGGACGAGAAGAGAAUGGUCACUGAAAGCAAAGAAUUGGAGAUUUACAUACUCUGAGAUUGUGAAUAUCACCAAUAACUUCAAAUCUGUUAUUGGAGAAGGUGGAUUUGGAAGAGUCUACCACGGCAGCCUAAAACAUGGAAUUGAAGUUGCAGUCAAGGUGCUUUCUUCAUCAUCAAGACAAGGAUCCGACGAAUUUCAAAAUGAGGUGGAGCUCUUAUUGGGAAUUCAUCACAAGAACUUGGUUUCUCUUUUUGGAUACUGCAACGAAGGUGGAAAAAUGGCACUCGUUUACGAAUAUAUGGCCUGUGGAAAUUUGCAACAGCAUCUAUUAGCAGAUAGAAGCACAAACGUUUUAACCUGGAAAGAAAGACUUGAAAUCGCAGUGGAUGCAGCACGAGUAUUGGAUUAUCUGCAUAAUUGUUGCAAGCCACCAAUAGUCCACAGAGAUCUCAAGACUUCCAACAUCUUACUAAGUGAAGACUUGCAAGCCAAGAUAGGCGAUUUUGGGCUCUGCAGAGUCUUCACAACUGAAAACGAGACUCAUAUAUCAACCGAUGCUAAGGGUACUCGCGGAUACGUUGAUCCUUAGUAAGUCUUGACAGAUUUACCAACUAAAUGAGCUAGAAACCCACUGUCUUUUUUAUAGCUAUCAAUUUUAUGGCUUUUGGGAUUGUUUUUUACAUCGAACUGCAAUCAAUUUUCUGUCCAGAUAUUACCAUACUGGGAAGCUGAAUAGGAAGAGUGAUGUUUAUAGCUUUGGGAUUGUUCUGUUGGAGCUGAUAACUGGCCUGCCUGCAAUAAUAAAAGGCCCUCCAGUGAUAGAGUUAUGUGAUUGGGUGGGUCCCCAUGUUCAAAGAAAGGGCAUUGGAGAUAUAGUUGAUCCAAGAUUAGAAAGCUAUGACAUAAAUUCUGCCUGGAGAGCCAUAGAAGUGGCAAUGGCUUGCAUACCAUCAAUAGCAAUCCAGAGGCCAGACAUCAGCUAUGUCUAUGAUG